AUGGUGGUGGGGGUGAGGGUGUUUGGCGCGCUGGAUUGUGCCAAAUGCACCGACUCUCCUCUGCGUGCCCGCUGGUACAAGCCCCCAACCACAUGGAGCAACCUGACUUGGGCACAGCGGCGAGCCGUGCUUCAGAAGGCCGUUCAAACGUACCUCGACACCUGGCGCGAUGAUGAAAAGGAAAGCGAGGUCGGCGCCGAGCAGCGUGCCGCCGUGCAAGAGAUUCGCGCGCACAGUUCAGCCCUCUAUGCCUCGGGUAAGGAGAGCAGCCAGUCCAUCUUGACCGAGCUCAUCACCAUUUACAAGCAAAGUAUUACCGAAUUUGUUCAAGGCUACAAAGCAGCCGUGUCCUCACCCGUAAAAAACCCCACCACCCUCAUGGACCAGUUUAUCGCCCGGCACGACCAAUCGGCCUCGGCCUCCACAAACCAACCGCCACCCCAACCCCAACCACAACCACAGCAACAGCAACAACAACAACAACAACAACAACCAUAG